AUGGAUGGAUUAGUACCAGACCUACAUCAUAAAAAAAAAAAACUGCAGAAAUUUUGCCUUGAAAGAAAUAUCUUUCUCACUGCUUUUGCCCUUCUCGGAUCUCCAGGAAGGGUUCAUACUUUUUUUGAAGGUUGCAACACAGACUUGGAAGUCUUGAGAAAUGACACACUGAAAAUAGUAGGAAAGAAAUAUAAAAUCGCUGCUCAGAUUAUGUUGAGGAAUUUAAUCCAGCGAGGUAUUAGAGUCAUUUCAAAAAGCAGUAAUCCAGAUCGGAUCAAAGACAAUUUUAAUGUGUUUAAUUUUCAUUUUUCACCAGAAGACAUGGCAUCUAUUGGUGAAGAGAAAGUUGUCCUCAGGUAUUUUACGUUUUCUAAAUCGGCUCCAAACAUAGCAAAACACCCAGAGUAUCCUUUCAAUAUUCCUUACUAA